AAGUCGCCGCUUUACGACCCACAGCGUCUCCGCUCGCCACCCCACAGCCCUGCACCACCAUAAAUCGCUCGUCGACUCCAGAGUUACAAUUUCAAGCAUUCAAGCAAAAGCAAGAUGGGACCUGAACUAGCCUUCUUCAAAGCUGUGUGGAGCUCUGAAUAAUUGAGUCUUGGCGUUUGAUUGAAAGAGUCAAAAAGCAUACUAAACAGCAGUGUAUUUAUCUUCCGAAAGUGCACAAAAUUGAGAGAUGGACAAGACAACAGAAAAUAGCUUGCUAAAAAAUUCUUCAGGUAACCUUAUCUCUGCAGAUAAUGAUGACAAUCUCACAGAUAUCUUUCAGCAAAUCAAAACUUCCAAAAGAACUACAGUCAUCAACUAUGGUGCAUCUUGGUGUCGAGUUUGCAGUCAGAUUCUUCCCGUGUUCUGCCGAUUAAGUUCCAAGUUCCCCAAGCUCUCGUUUGUUUAUGCUGAUAUUGAUGAAUGUCCCGAGACGACUCAACACAUUCGUUACACGCCCACUUUCCAUUUCUACAGAGAUGGCGAAAGGGUUGAUGAGAUGUUUGGAGCUGGUGAAGACCGCCUGCACGAUCGCCUUUGGCUACAUUCGUAGAGAAAAAGAAAAUCGCAACUUCCAAAACUACAGUAUGUAGUAACUCUGAUUGGUCUCCAUGCCAAUGCUGUUAGGAUAAAAUGUCUGUAUGUUUUUUAUGUUUGUCCAAAUACCUUGUCACAUUUCAUGUAAUAAUCUUGUCAUUGUUGAUAAUAAAUAACUAAUCAAUCAAUUUAUAUUGUUUGAUGCCUUUGUUUUGUAUAAGGA